CAACGCUCACUCAUUUCAUUUCAAUUGAUCUCUCCCCAAACACAAAACAAACUAAAACGGCAAUCACAUGACUCGUCCCUUCAGAUAUUUAGGCGAGACCGACUCGUCCCAUGACUCCCCCAUCGGCGAUUCCGAUUUCAUCGUCAUCGUCGCCGCCCUCGUCUGCGCUCUCAUCUGCGUCGUAGGCCUCAUCGCCGUCGCCCGCUGCGGCUGUCUCCAUCGCCUACGACUCUCCUCCACCUCUGCUCCUCCUCCUCCUCCCGCCGCCGCCAACAAAGGCGUCAAGAAGAAGGUUCUCCGCUCCCUUCCCAAGCUCACCGCCACCGCCGAAUCCGCGGUCAAGUUCUCGGACUGCGCGAUCUGCUUGACGGAGUUUUCGGCCGGAGAUGAAAUCCGAGUGCUGCCCCAGUGCGGGCAUGGAUUCCACGUGUAUUGCAUCGACGCCUGGCUGAAAUCGCAUUCGUCGUGUCCGUCGUGCCGUCAGAUUCUGGUGGUUUCUCGGUGCGACAAGUGCGGCGGAAUCCCUGUCCAUGGUCCUGGCAGCUCGAGCACCGCGCCGCCACUGGAUUCCGAGGGCAGAUUCAAGGGAAGGGAGGACGAUAGCAAUAGGUUCUUGCCUUAGCUAGCUAUCUUUCGCUUUAUAUUAACCCCAAAUUCAUGAAUCCUUUUCUUUUUCUAAACCUGUCCAUAUAAAUAUAAAUAUAAAUAUAAAUAUAAAUAAUAAUAUGUGAAUAUCAGCUAGUGUGUUUUUUUUAAUUAGGAAUUAAUUAAUCAGUGCUAGCUGCAUAUGUUUAGGUUUGUAAUUACCAUUUAGCAGUUUCUCAGGUCUCAAGUUAGUUGUGUCAUUUCUGAUUCUCUGCAAGUAACAACA